AGAUUUGUGGUUCGCUUGAUUUUAAAGAGAGGGGUUGCUGGGAAGGCUGAUUUCGGCUGUAAUGCAUCAGGUCUGUGUUGAAUUAGACCACAUGGUUGGAAAUGUUUACUAGUCGCAAAAGAGUUGCUGCUAAGCCGCAGGACGGCGACGGCUAUGAUGAUGAGCAGCACCUUGUUGCAGCCGUCUCUGAAUUCAAGAAGGUGGAGUCUUCCACGCAGACAAUGGUCGACCAGCUGUACCAGCGUCUCGCCUCUCCGUUUCAGAUUACGACGAAACCGUGUGAGGCAAGCAGGGCAGCCGUUCUGCAGUGCUACCAACAGCUGCAUGGUGGUGCCGCGGUAGGCGGCAGCGGCGACGCCUCACCGUCUUCCUCCUCUUCUGCUAAUGUGAGUGAAGGCGUACUCAGCAACAACGCAUCUGCCACCGCCGGCGGUGAUGCGUGGUUGUUCAUCCCGUAUCAGCAGUGCUAUGAAGCUGCCAUGGCAUACAACCGAUGUGUGGAAAAGGACACAUUGUCGAGCCACCUUGUCCUCGUCGGCGCAUUUGAGCAACGCGGCGCGGAGCAGCAGACGGUUCACAAGGCUGUCAUGGAAGCACAACGGAGCCAGCAACAAAACAUAAAGCAGGAUACAAGGUAA